AUGAGCCACCAGGAGACUCAAAACAUCUUCAAUGGGUGCCACGCACUGGGCCCGUGGAAGACUCCGUACGACUAUGUCCCUUGGAAGGCCGCGGGCGUUGUGUUCGUUCUCUUUUUUGGUCUUUCGGGGGUUGGCCACAUGGUCCAGUUUUGCUGGAAGCGGACAUGGUGGUGCUCUGUGUUCACUAUUGGAUGUUUGGGGGAAUUCAUUGGCUGGGGAGCUCGACUCACGUCGGCACAUUGCCCUUACAAUUCGACCGCAUACCUGAUUCAGAUAUCCACCCUCAUCAUCUCCCCCGUCUUUUUCACCGCAGGCCUCUAUAUCCUUCUGGGUCGCUUGAUCAUGGUGGCGGGGAGGGAAAGUUCCUACCUCUCACCCAAGGCGUAUCUUUGGAUUUUCUGCGUCGCGGACGUGAUCUCUCUGCUGAUGCAGGCCGCCGGUGGUGGGCUGGCCUCAAUUGAGUCCAGCGCACGGAAGUCCACGGCUCUCGGCUCCAACCUAAUGCUGGCCGGCAUUAUAUUCCAGAUGUUUUCCAUCACCAUAUUCGUCAUCUGCGCUAUUGACUUCGUCCGCCGCACCUCGCGCUGCCACCUCAUCGACCCGCAUCGGAAGUCACUGACUCCUAUGCUAUGUGCCAUGUUCUUCUCGUUGACUUGUAUCUACGUCCGGAGUAUCUAUCGUGUUGUUGAGCUGGCUCAGGGUUGGGCUGGUUUCCUGAUCACCCACCAGAUCUAUUUUGUGAUUCUUGAUGGAAUGAUGAUGGCACUCGCGGUGGGGGUCUUUAACUUCGUUCAUCCUGGAUGGAUGCUCUCCCCCAAGAGCGAUUUCGAAAUGCCCAAGGAGGUGUCGACUGUAUCGCUGAACACGUCUUCCAACGUAUCUUACGCCACUAACCCAGCGUACGCACCGACUUGGAAUCCUGCCCACCAGAACACGAAGUCUCAGUUGACCCCGGUACGGUACACUUGA